AUGGGCACUGACGCGACGAGCGGUAACGGAACUUUGACCAUAUUCACCUCAACUAUAACAGAAUAUGUUCCCGCGAAUGAUUCUUACCUGGCUCAUCCACAUGUGGUAGACGCGAGCAUGGCAUCGUACGUUGCCAGUUUCACCGCGGUGCAGAAUAUUAGUACUUUGCAGCCGUCGGACAAAAUAUUAACAUAUUUACCUUACUCGCUCUCGGUGUCCAUUUUUCUGGGAGUGUUGUUGUCUGUUAUUGUUCUUAUUACAAUCAUUGGAAACUUCAUGGUUAUUUUAGCGUUUAUCACCGACGUUAAACUCCGUCGCUAUAUAGGGAAUUUUUUCUUGUUAAACCUAGCUGUGUCUGAUUUUAUAAUCGGACUAGUAUCACUUCCGCUCAACACCGCAUGGUUUCUGUCCGGCAACUGGCUGCUUGGAGAGGUGGUGUGUAAAAUCUGGAUCGUAAUGGACUUCACCGCCUGCUAUGCCUCCGUCUGUGCGAUUGUUCUAAUUAGUCUCGAUCGUUAUUGGCUUGUUUCCAAGAACGAUUACUUCGUGUUUCAGACUAACAGAAAAGUGGCGUGUAUGUGUGCCGCGUCGUGGGUGUUUUCGUUGUUACUAUAUCUGCCCGUAGAGAUUGGCUGGACAGCUUUCACCGGAGAGAGGAACAUUGACUACACUGAAUCAUGUGAAAUAGAGAGUUGGGACAAUUUAUAUUACCAGAUUCUACUCAUUGCGCUCGAAUUUGUGCUUCCACUCGUAGCGCUUGCAUAUCUCAACUCGUCUAUUUAUGCGUACAUUCGACGACGUGAUAGACGGUGGCAUGAUAAAAACAAUAGAAUCAAGCUCGCAGUCGAAAUGAGUAAACCAGAUAUCGAUCAGCAGAAGGUGGAGAAAGGUAAAAUAAUCUCCAUAUCCAAAGCAAAGAGUCAUGUUGAAAUAAAAAGAGAGGACAGUGGGUCAGACGACGGGGAAGAAAGUGAUACAUUCGAUAACAACGUUCCUGAUACAAACACAGACAACAUUACGUUGGAUGAUCCUGUGACGCGUAACUCCGAGUCGAAGACGCAAAUCGCAAAUGGCGGUAAAAUGCGGACGUAUUUCAAAAGUUUUUCUGCCAGGAGAAAAAGCGUUCAACCAAACUUGAAAAAACACCGAAAGCACAAGAAAGCUGCAAAGAGACUAGCAAUUUUAGUGGGCACUUUCGUCAUAUGCUGGGCCCCUUAUAAAAUCGUGUCAUUGGUCAAAAUUUUCUGCGCCGACUGCUCCAAUGAAAAGGUGUGGGAGUUUGUUAAUUAUUUACUCUGGUGUAAUUCAACGAUUAAUCCUUUGCUAUACGCUUUCUGUAAUCGGAGAAUAAGGUAUAAUUAUAUCAAAUUCUUAUGUUUCUUCCGGAAACCUUCUCGGUCGCCAAAAAAUAGCUUUUGA